UAUCGCGAGACUCUAACAAAGCUAGAGCAUAAAAUACGCAACAUGGCGCCUUCAGAAAAAGACACGAACAAGAAGGAAAUAAAGGAAGAAGAACAAGAUUUGGUUUUGAUGUACCCGGGUCAGUUAAACAUCACAAUUAAAGAGGACCAGAAUCACGAGUUUACUGACCAGGAUCAGUACAGGCACGAGGUAAAGGAGGAGACGUUGGACCCGGACUUUGUAGACCUGCAGAACUGGAGCAGUGGUGUAAAGCAGGAGAACCAGGACUCUGGUGCUAUAAACUAUGAACAUCACUUUGUAAAGCAGGACCACAUCAAGAGCGAGAUUAAAGAGGAAACCCAAGAUCUGGAUAUCAGUGACCGGAACCACACCAAGAGCGAAGUUGAAGAAGAAAACCAAAAGCCGAAUAUUAGCGACCAAAACCACCACGGUGGUGGAAUCGAUGAGCAGGACCGGAAUCAGGACCAUCGCAGCUCCGACCCUACAGAACGCACAGAUCAGCAGAAACACAGAGGAAGAAGGGCAUCUAGGCUGUAUCUCUAUCACCAAUCGGACCGAGCCUUCACCACACCAUCAGAGUUAAAGAAUCAUCAGAAGAUUAAUCUUGGAGAGAAUCCAUACAGCUGUGACCAGUGUGGCAAAACCUUCACUGCAAGAAAUGGCCUAAAGACCCAUCAGCGAAUUCAUACACGAAAAAGACUGCACACCUGCACUGAAUGUGAAAAGGCUUUCUGGUGCUUAAAGGACUUGAAAACCCACUGUCUUAUUCACACUGGAGAAAAGCUUUACUGGUGUGAACAGUGUGGAAAAGCUUUUGCUUACAACAGAAAUUUACUGAGACACAAACGUGUUCACAGUGGAGAAACUCACUCAUGUGCACAGUGUGGUAAAUUGUUUACUCUCUACAGUAAUUUAGUGAUACACAGACGUCUUCACAACGGAGAGAACCUUCACUCAUGUAAACAGUGUGGAAAAGCAUUUUCUAAUGGCGUAGAUUUACUGAGACACAAACGUAUUCACACUGGAGAGAAACCUUAUUCAUGUGAACAGUGCGGUAAAUCGUUUACUCGGCACAGUAACUUGGUGAUACACAGACGUCUUCACAAUGGCGAGAACUCUCACUCGUGUAAAGAGUGUGGAAAAGCAUUUUCUAAUAGCAUGGCUUUACUGAGACACCAACGUAUUCACACUGGAGAGAAACCUUACUCAUGUGAACAGUGCGGUAAAUCAUUUUCUCGGCACAGUAGUUUAGAGAUACACAGAUGUGUUCAUACUGGAGAGAAACCUCACUUAUGUGAACAAUGUGGAAAAGCAUUCUUUUGGAUCAGCGACAUGCUGACACAUCAAUGUGUUCACACUGGAGAAAAGCUUUACUGGUGUGAACAGUGUGGAAAAGCUUUUACUUACAAAAGAAAUUUACUGAGACACAAACGUAGUCACACUGGAGAAAAACCUCAUUCGUGUGCACAGUGUGGUAAAUCGUUUACUCGGCACAGUAACUUGGUUAUACACCGACGUCUUCACAAUGGCGAGAACCCUCACUCGUGUAAAGUGUGUGGAAAAGCAUUUUCUAAUAGCAUAGGUUUACUGAGACACCAACGUAUUCACACUGGAGAGAAACCUUACUCAUGUGAACAGUGCGGUAAAUCGUUUACUCGGCACAGUAACUUGGUGAUACACAGACGUCUUCACAAUGGCGAGAACCCUCACUCAUGUAAAGCGUGUGGAAAAGCAUUUUCUAAUAGCAUAGGUUUACUGAGACACCAACGUAUUCACACUGGAGAGAAACCUUACUCAUGUAAACAGUGUGGUAAAUCAUUUUCUCGGCACAGUAGUUUAGAGAUACACAGACGCGUUCAUACUGGAGAGAAACCUCAGUCAUGUGAACAGUGUGGCAAAGCUUUUUCUGACACCAGAAGUUUAUGGAAACACAAACGUAUUCACACUAAAGAGAAGCCUCACUUAUGUGAACAAUGUGGAAAAGCGUUCUUUUGGAUCAGCGCCUUGCUGACACAUCAAUUUGUUCACACUGGAGAAAAGCUUUACUCGUGUGAGCAGUGUGGAAAAGCUUUUACUUACAAAAAAAAUUUACUGAGACACAAACGUGUUCACACUGGAGAGAAAUCUCACUCGUGUGCCCAAUGUGGUAAAUCGUUUACUCGCCACAGUAACUUAGUGAUACACAGAUGUCUACACAAUACAGAAAACCCUUUAUUCUGUAAACAGUGUGGGAAAACAUUGUCUAAUAGCAGAAGUGUACUGCAACACAGAUGUGUUCACACUGGAAAGAAACCUCACUCAUGUGCACAGUGUGGUAAAUCGUUUACUCGGCACAGUAACUUAGUGAGACACAGACGUGUUCACACUGGAGAGAAACCUCACUCGUGUAAAGAGUGUGGAAAAACAUUUUCUCAUAGCGGAAGUGUACUGAGACACCAACAUAUUCACACUGGAGAAAAACCUCACUCAUGCCAACAGUGUGGUAAAUCGUUUUCUCGGCACAGUAGUUUAGAGAUACACAGACGUGUUCAUACUGGAGAGAAACCUCAGUCAUGUGAACAGUGUGGCAAAGCUUUUUCUGACACCAGAAGUUUAUGGAAACACAAACGUAUUCACACUGGAGAGAAACCUCACUCGUGUGAACAAUGUGGAAAAUCGUUCUUUUGGAUCAGUGCCUUGUUGACACAUCAACGUGUUCACACUGGAGAGAAACCUCACUCGUGUGCACAGUGUGGAAAAGCAUUUUCUAAAAGCACAAACUUAAAGAGACACAAAUGUGUUCACACUGGGGAGAAACGCACUACUGUAAACAGUGCAGCAAUCCACCAUGUCUGAGCUUCACUCACUUUUACAGAGACAGAGCGGUGAUUCACCAGAAGAUAAAAGGAAUAGACAGAACCUGACUGACCAGACUGUUUUUUUUAAAUCACAACAGAACUGUUAGUUUACCCUAACUAUAUGGCUCCAGAACUCUAAGUGCAACAUCAAAAGACCAUGGUUAUACUUUUGGGUGCCACAACCUAAAUCUCACCAGGGUCCUUCUAUGCCUUAUCAGUAACCACACCAAGACCUUUCUCAUAACUCCUCUACCAAGGCUUAUUUCACAGGCUCUCACUAACCCAGGAGACCAGGGUCAUAAGUCUGGAAUCCGACUAUCAUGAGACUGAUGCCAUUGCAUUCAGCAUAUAAAAUGCUGUUAUUUGACAUGAGAUUGUUUGUUGUGCAACAUUUUAUUUCUUAAUCUGCAGAUUUGCCGGGGAAAUGCUCAGGAACAAGUGACCUCCUAAAAAGGUCCUAACUAUACUUUCUUUGUGUAAACUCAAAGUUGAAUUGAAGAUGCUCAUGUUCUUCCUUUUAAUCUGUGCACCAUGCAUAUAUCCUUAGGUACACCAGGUAAAAUAAGUAACAUCAUUAGUGUGCUAAAGUAAGUUUCAAGUAAUUCAAUGCCACAAUAGUAGUAAUGUUUAGAUUAAACCAUUUAUGAUCUUCUUGCUGUUCUUAUUUGUUUAUGUUUUACUGAUUUUACCUAAGUGCUAUAUAGUAAGAAAACCAUUUAUGUUGGGAUAACAUUUAAUUUGUUACAGCAUAAUAAAGCCUUAACAAUCCAAUGCA